AUGUGGGAGACGACGAACACGCCUGCCAAUCUAGACAGAUUGAGUCUUCCGCCUGAUUGCCUCUUGCCCCGCCCAGCCCUCUGUGUCAGACCCGCUUCUGCGCAUGCGGGAACGCCUCGGGUCCGCGUUAUCCUGUGGAGCCUUGAGGCUGAUGAGUCAUUAUUCACAAUUCCUCACAAGAAAUCCGGCAGAGCACCGAAGGACGGGGGUUUGGAAUGUAGACUCAUUAAUAAGAAACAAGUGCCGUGUGGAGCCGUGAAAAGAGACCGCAGUGGGCUGGGCGCCCGGUCUCUGGCGGCCGCUGACCAGCCUCCCGGCCGCGGCUCCGAGGGCAGCAGGCUCGCCUCUGUGCCCUCGGGCAGACCCGCGCGCCCGGCCACGCGCCGGCUGUGCGCCCCCGACCACUGGGCCUCAAAGCCUGGGUGUCCUCAGCGCCCGGGCGUCUGUCUCUCUUCGCCGCGCUAUGCCGGCCCCAUCCCGUCCCCAGAGAGUGUCUCUUUGCCCUCAAGAAACCGGAGCGAGGGCUGCCUGGAAGCCUGGAACUUUCCAGGUUCUGUUGACUCAACGGCAAAAGGCGGGCUUUGUGUCCCUGAAAGUAGACGAAGGUGGUUUGUGAAGGUAGAUUUAAGAACUGGAGCAUGUCCCUCCCUGCCAGCAGGCAUGACUGAUGGAAGGUUCCCCGCGGUUCCCCAGCCCGGCCGCGGCCGGAAGCAGCAUCCCUCCGGCGCAGCUUCUGCCUUAGAGGCGGCUGCGGGGAUUAGGAAGCGCAAAGAACCAGUUGUUGGGCCAGCCCGCGUGGGAGAGCUCUGGUCCCGGUGUCCUCGUGGUGGCUUAAACCACACAGAAGUUGUUUUCACUUGAGCUGGACCCUUUGGAGCCUGGUUAAAAGCUGGUUCUGGUUCUCCUUUACUCCCCCCUCUGGCCCCACCUGCCCAAGGGUCUUCGAAAGUUCUCGAUCUGCCCCUGACUGAGGUUCUCUUAAGGCCUCCGUGUGACAUUCGGCAACAGGAGAGCAGGGGUGGAAAAAGCCCUGAAAUAGAAACGACUUCGACAUGUAUUCACACAAAUCAAGCUCCCCUAAGGGAGAGGCCAACACCAUUGAAACUUCGCGAAGCUCUGGAGGAAGACCACAACUUGCUGGCUGCAAACCUACUGUGUGUAUGAGACACGUUCACAUUCGUUUGCUCAUUUAAUCUUCAUAGUAUGAGGGUGAAAAAGCAGGCUACAAUGAUGCUACUCAAAGCAUAGAACAGCUGCCAGUCCACUAACUUUGCUACCAGUCUGUUACCAGGUAAGGAGCUUACAGCAGAAUUCAAAUCAAAUGUCAUAUCAAGUGGUGUAGUUCAUUUAUUUGGCACAUACCCAUAAACAUUAUAAGAAAAUGUAUUUUUUUACUUGUACUUAUGCAAAUACAUACUAGUAGGUACAUCCAGAGUUACUAAGGAAGAAACAGUCCUCAAAAAUGGUACAGUCUAGCAAGAAGCAUAAAAAGAAGGACAGUUAUUUCUGAAGAACAGCUGUAAUAAAGGGCAAAAUAUAAUAAGCAACCCAAGGAGUAGAAAGAUGGGAGGAUGGGAAGGAAAGAUCCUAUCUAGAUGGAUAUAGCCACAAAGGAACAUGAAAAGCGCUGGCCUUAAAUGGUCUUAACAGACAGAAAUAAGAUGGAAAAGUUUCAGGGUGUUCCAGGCAAAGCAAACAGCGUGUAGACAAACCAAGGCCUCGGAAAGCGUGAGAUAUCCAAGGAAUGGCAAAUGGUUUGUUUUCUAAGAGACAUAUAGUUAUAGGCAAUCAGAUCAGCAAGGGAGGCUGGGGCCAAAAUGGCCUUGAAUGCCAAACCAGAAAGCUUAUAUACAAUUUGGCGGCAAUGGGGAGCCACUGAAAGUUAUCAACAGGGAGAGAUAUGAAGGAGGCAGUGGGUAAGAUUAAAUCUGACAGCAAUGUGCAAGAUGAAUUGCUCUGACAAAGCUUUCUUUGUUCCUUCGCACAGGUGUGUGGAGAUGGAGACACCAAACUUCGGUGGUGAGAGCAUCAGAUCCUACAAGCAUAAAAGGCAUGGGGGCGGGGGGACACAGCUCUCUACCACUCAGCCUGGCUGCUCACCAGAGGAAAGUUUGAGAAACAUCAACAAAGCAUGUUCUGCCAUUGUUUCGAGGACACUGUUUCCACCCUCGUCUUUUUUUUAACAUCUGCAUCACUGAUUUGGAUAGCACAGACAACAUGAAGCCCAUGGACACACUGGAAGAUGAGAAUGGAAAUGACAUUGAGUAAGAGGUGAAGUAAUCAGAAAAAAAGGCAAUGAAUUUCAAUGAGAACAGUGCAAAGCCAUUAUCCAGCCAAGAAAAAUAAACUCCAUAAAUAAAAGAUGAUUAAUGUACAAGCUAUAAAUAAACAUAAGACGAAACGAUCAAGGUCACGGGAGAUAAA